AUGCACUCGCGGAGUGCAACCACCCGGCAACGGGUUCCGCCCAUAGAUUACGAUUGUCCACCUGCACCUCAUGCUUCGCAUCACAGUUAUCAUCCGCACCCCCAAGUUUCGACGAGGCAGCGGAUGUACGACCAGCAUCACAGUCGAAGACCAUCAACAUCCUCAGUGCACUAUCGAGGCUAUCCGCCGGCGCCGGUGCAUCGACCACCGUCCCCACCUACUUCGGAAACUACAGAAUCUUCUUGUGACAAAGAACGACAGCCAAUCUUCCGAAGCAGAAGCCGCUAUGCUCCACAUCACGGGACCCUGAGAUCGUCGAGGUCCGUACCGUCGUUAGCGGUGGCGACAUGGGACGGCGAACCGUGUCCGCUCCACGGGGAAUGGAUCCGAGCCGGGGGCAUGACGCCGGUCCCGUUGAGUCGCUUCGCUUCGACGAUGAACCUCCGACCUCCCACGCGAGCGCUCAUGGUUCCUCAGACGCCAUAUCCGAUGCCUUUCUUCUCGCAAGCUCCGCAACACCCUUCCUUCGUGCCCAUGAGAAUGAGGUAUAACUUGGGAGAUUUCCACCGAGGCCCUCCGUUCUUCCCGAUGACCAGGGGCCCAAUGCCCUUCGAGUACAAGGGUCAACUGUUCGAUGACGAACCCGAGCCCGUUUGCCGAGGACAGCUCAUAGUUGUUUGGCUCAUAGUGAUCGUCAUCACGACCGGAAUCAUUCUCGGAAUAGUUCUUAGCCUGACCAUAGCUUGA